UAAUCAUUGUUGAUUUUGUGAAAUAAAAUAUUUAAAAAGGUAUUUUUAUUUUUUAUUGUUAAACAAAUCCCAUUAUGGUUUUGUCAACAAUCCAAACCCCAGAGGAGACAGAAGAACAUGUAAUUAGCUCCGUGUUUGCUUCAAGAUAUGCCCACGAACCUCUACCAAGGUAUAAGAUGCCAAGGAAGACGAUACCAAAAGACGUGGCCUACCAAAUAAUACAUGAUGAGCUAAUGUUAGACGGGAAUCCAAGGCUGAAUUUGGCAUCCUUUGUGACGACUUGGAUGGAACCUGAAUGUGAUAAGCUGAUGCAUGAAUCCAUGAGCAAGAACUACGUUGACAUGGACGAGUACCCUGUCUCUACUGAGCUUCAGAAUAGGUGUGUUAAUAUGAUAGGGCGAUUGUUUCAUGCACCAUCAGUAAAAGGCGAUCAUGGAGUAGCAGUAGGAGUGGCAACAGUUGGAUCAUCAGAAGCAAUAAUGUUGGCUGGAUUAGCUUUCAAGAAGAAAUGGCAGAACAAGAGAAAGGGUCAAGGGAAGCCCUUUGACAGACCCAACAUUGUAACUGGUGCCAAUGUUCAGGUGUGCUGGGAAAAGUUUGCAAGGUACUUUGAUGUUGAGCUGAAAGAGGUGAAGCUAACAGAAGGGUGUUACGUGAUGGACCCGGUGAAGGCUGUAGAAUUGGUGGAUGAAAACACGAUUUGUGUAGCUGCCAUUCUAGGAUCCACCCUUAAUGGCGAGUUUGAAGACGUCAAGCUCUUGAACGACCUUCUUGCUAGAAAAAACAAGAAAACUGGGUGGAACACCCCAAUACAUGUAGAUGCAGCAAGUGGAGGAUUUGUGGCUCCAUUCGUAUACCCAGAUCUGAAAUGGGAUUUUAGGCUACCAUUGGUGAAGAGUAUAAAUGUGAGCGGUCAUAAGUAUGGCCUGGUUUAUGCCGGAGUUGGGUGGAUCAUCUGGAGGAGCAAAGCGGAUCUACCAGAUGAGCUUGUCUUCCACAUUAAUUACCUCGGCACUGAUCAGCCUACCUUCACCCUUAACUUCUCCAAAGGAGCAAGUCAAAUAGUUGCACAAUAUUAUCAAUUCCUAAGGCUGGGAUUUGAGGGGUACAAGCAUGUAAUUGAGAAUUGCAUAGAGAAUGCAAGAACACUUCGAAAAGGAUUAGAGAAAAUGGGGAGAUUUGACAUUGUCUCAAAAGAGCAAGGGAUACCACUAGUAGCCUUUGCUUUUAAAGAUGAGAACAAAAGCCUGGCAUUUGACCUAUCAAAAGCUCUGAGACACCAUGGAUGGAUUGUACCAGCAUACACAAUGCCUGCUGAUAUUGAGUAUAUAACAAUCCUCCGAGUUGUGGUCAGAGAGGAUUUCGGGAGGCAAAUGGUGGACAAGUUGCUUUCACACAUAAAGCAGGCACUAGCAGAACUCACAGACACUGUUUCAAAGUUAACUUUUACAGUAGAAGUCAAACAAAGUGAAGAUGACCAAGAUGCCGAAUCGGGCUCAAUGCACAUACCAGAAACUUCACUCCAUUGGAAGAAAGACAAGCAUAAGGUAGUUCAUAAGGAAGUCAAAGUGACGGGCGGGAAGACCAAGGGUGUCUGUUAAACUU